AUGCUGCCCGUGGUGGCCCCCCCCGAACGUCGUCUGGAAGCGGCUGCAGCGCGCGGGGAAACGCGCGGCCAAAGUUCGCUUCGAGGCGACCCUCGAGGAGCUGCUGGUGGAGGGGGGGGGGCACCCCGCAGGUGGCAGCCGGGCAUCCAGAACCCGCAGCGGGGCAUGGUGGUGUGGGUGGUGCCCGAGACCCUCGAGGUGGUCGUGACCCUGUACCGGGACCCCCAGGCCGCCGCCUUCGAUGACAAAUCCUGGAACUUCCUCGUGGUCAACGAGUCGCGGGGUCACCGCUCGGUGGUGGCCGCGGCGCCGCUGGAGCUGGGGAGCCUGGCGGGGGUUGGGGACACCGCCCUGUCCCUGUCCCUGCGCCCCAGGACACGCAGGGUGACAACGGCGACGCUGCGGCUGCGGCUGCGCGGGACCGUCCUGAUGGAGGGACACCCCACGGACGAGGACAUGCAGAGUGUCACCAGCCUGAGCCCCCCGGGGGACGUGGCCGACCUGGGGGACUUCGAGAGUGACCCCGAGGAUGAGGGGGGGGGCGCACAGGGCGGGGGGCGCCCCCCCCGCACCCCCGGUUUGGGGACACCGAGGGACCCCCCAGAGCCGGGAGGGGACGCGGAGCCCCCCCCCAAAAUCACCGCGGGCCCCCCCGGGGGUCGCGGGGCGCUCCUGGCCUGGUGCCGGGGGGUCACGGCCGGGUACCCGGGGGUCGCCGUCACCGAUUUCGGGGGGUCCUGGAGCAGCGGGUUGGGGUUCUGCGCCCUCCUGCACCGGCUGAGACCCCAGGAAAUCGAUUUUGACGCCCUGGACCCCCGGGACCACCGGGGCAACAACAAACGGGCUUUUGACGCCUUCGCCGCCCUGGGGGUCCCGCGGCUCCUGGACCCCUCGGACAUGGAGACCCCCGACCCGCUGGGGGUCAUGACCUUCCUCAGCCAGGUCCGCGCGCUCCUGGGGACCCCCCCGGGGACCCCCCCGCGCCCCCGGAGUGACGUCACUGAGGGGGGGACACUCCCGGAACCGCAGAGUGACGUCAUCGUGGGGGAAUCCCAAAUGAAACCCCCGGAGACCCCCACGCACCCCCGGAGUGACGUCACCGAUGGGGGACCCCAAAUUGACCCCCCGGAGACCCCCUCGGAGACACCCCCUGACCCCCGGAGUGACGUCACCGAUGGGGGACCCCAAGUGACCCCCCCAGGGAUCCCCCCGCGCCCCCGGAGUGACGUCACCGAGGGGGGGACACCACCGGAACCACAGAGUGACGUCAUCGUGGGGGAACCCCAAAUGAACUCCCCGGAGACACCCUCGGACCCCCAGAGUGACGUCACUGAGGGGGAACCCCAAACCCAAACCGGGACCCCCCCGGACCCCCAAAUCAGCGUCACCGAGGGGGGACCCCCAGAGCCCCCCCCAGAGCCCCCCCAGAUGGACACGGAGCAGGGGGAGCCCCCCCGGGACCCUCAAAUUAACAUUUUGGAGGGGGGGUCCCCCCACCUCGGCCCCCCCCGGGACCCCCAGCUCGGCCCCAUUGAGGGGGGGUCCCCCCAGGACCCCUCCCCCUCCUUUGGGGGGGUCUCGGCUGGGAGCCUCUCCCGCCUGCGGGACCCCGACCUGCGGCGCCGGCGCUCGGGGAGGGGCCGGGACCCCCCCCUGAAGGAGCCCCCGGAGCCCCCCGAGGAGGAGAGCGGGGGACAGUGGGUGGCAGCAGAGCUGGUGGCCCUGGAGCAGGACCAGGCCCGGUUGGACGCUCAGGCCCCGGCGCUGGAGCGGGAACUGCGAGCGCUGAUGGAGAGCGGCGCGGACCCCGCCCGUGAGGAGCGGCUGCUCCGGGACUGGUUCGCGCUGGUGCAGCAGCGGAAUUUGCUGGUGCGGCGACAGGACCAGCUGCAGCUGCUGGCGCAGGAGCGGGACCUGGAGCGGCGCUUUGAGCUGCUGAGCCGGGAACUGCGGGGGCUGCUGGGGACAGAGGAGUGGCAGAAGCCCCCGGCCCAGCGCCAGCGCGAGCAGCUCUUACUGGAGGAACUGGUGGCACUGGUGAACCGGCGGGACCGGCUGGUGCGGGACCGGCACCGCCGCGAGACCAGGGCGCAGGAGGAGGAUGAGGAGCUGGAGCGGAGCCUCGACCCUCGGCGCCGCCGCUUCGGCCGCAGGGAAACGUGCGGGAUCUGCUGA